AUGGUAGUUCGUGUAAUUUUUUUAGAUUUAAAACGCAAGAACUCUGAAUAUUGGACUAAACUCACGGAAGCACUGAGGGUAGUCGAUACAGCAUUAAACGAAAAAGAUGCAGCUUUACAAAGAGAGCAAGAAAUACGAGAAGAAAUUAAAAAUUUGAUUAAAAAAAAUAACGAAACUCUUGAAGAAUAUGAAGCUAGGAAAGAGAAAGAAAUAUUACUGGUGACGAAUGAAUAUGAAAAAAAGCACAGAAUACUGCUGGAGGACCUUAAUAGAAUCCAGAAUGAAGCGAAAAGUAAGGAAUUGGAAAUUGAAGAGUAUAAGAGAAAGUGUAUCUUAUUAGAACAGGACAUCAAAAGGAUAGAGAAUGGCGAUAAAAAUGUUAGCAGGAUAUUGGAACUUGAAAGGAAAAUGGAGUCUACCUUUCAGUCUUUGGUAAAUUCCGAAAAACAAAAUAUUCAAUUAGCGGCUGAAAAACUAACAAUAAAGAACGAUAUAGAACAUAUGGCCGACCUGUACGAGACAAACAUAAAAGCCAAAAACACCGAAAUUGAAUCGUAUAAAAUAAAAAUAAGUCGAUUGCAAGUUGAACUGGAAGAUAAACGAGAAGAAGUGACGAAAGUAGCCGAAAAAAUGAGCGUAUUAAAUCAACAACUGAAUAACAUCGAAACUCAGUUAGGUAGUCAGAGGAAAAACUCUGAAAUAUUAAAUGAAACUUAUACUAAGAAAAUAGAAGAUUUGUCACAAGCAUACCAGUUAAAAAUUAACGAUCUGCAAGCUCAAAUGGAAAAUAAAAACGAAAUGAGAGAUAAAUGGAAAAGAGAAACCAAUAUCAUCGUUUCCAAUUUGGAAAAAUUAGUCGGUAAUUUAAAAGAUCAGAUACAAACUUUGAAAAAGGAAAACAAGAGCAUUAAAGAGAAAUGCACGAAAUUAACAAAUAAAAUUAAUAAUUAUAAAAAGUUUAUUGAAUUAAUAUCUAACGAUGUUAGUAAGCUCAAUACAGCGGUAUUGGAAAAAUAUGAUUUAAGUUGAAAUACAGAAAAUAAAUUGAAUUUAGUUGUGACUUAUUUUUUGUUAUAA